UCAGUGUCACUAUCUAGUGUCAAAUAUUGUAUACUUGUGUCUGUAUCAUCGUUUUAUUUUGAAUUGUUAAUUGUAAAUAGUUUUUAUUAAACAUCACUGAAAAUCUUGUAAUUUCUAAACUUUUAAAUUUACUACUGUAUUUGGUUUCACACUACACAUAAUGGCUGACGACGAGCAAGAUACCAAAGAGUACCGGUGGGAGACAGGUUAUGAGAAGACUUGGGAGGCUAUUAAAGAAGAUGAGGAUGGUUUGGUGGAAGGAUUGGUGGCGGAGUUUGCACAGAAAGCAGCUCGUAAGGCUGUUGUACCUCGUCGUGGUCCCGUCAGGCUGGGAAUGAUGAGACAUGUUCUAUUGGCUGUGGAUUGUUCAGAAGCCAUGAACUCACAGGAUCUAAAACCAUCUAGAUUUCUUUGCACAUUGAAAUUGCUAGAAAAGUUCAUAGAGGAGUACUUUGACCAGAAUCCAUUAAGUCAACUUGGUUUAGUUUUAAUGAAAAAUAAAAGGGCUGAGAAACUUACAGAGCUGUCUGGUAAUGUUAGAAAACAUUUGAAAGCUUUACAAGGGUUAACAGAAAUGUCUCUUAAUGGUGAGCCAUCACUACAGAAUACUUUGGAGUUCGCUGGUCGAGUCCUGAAACCCUUACCUGCACAUGCAUCAAGAGAAUUACUGGUGCUGUUUGCAUCACUCACCACUUGUGAUCCAGGAGAUAUAAAUAUCACUAUACAGGCUCUGAAAACUGAAGGAAUAAGAUGUUCAGUGAUUGGUUUAGCAGCAGAAGUGAGGAUAUGUAAGAAGUUGUGUCAAGAUACUGGCGGAGAAUAUGGGGUGGUGUUAGAUGAUGUACACUAUCGUUCCCUGUUACUGGACUCCACGAGUCCACCACCCCGAGCGCGGGCGUUGGAUGCGGGUCUAGUUAAGAUGGGCUUCCCACAUUCUGCUCCACAAACCAACCAAACUGACCCCGGGACGAAUGCUGAUCCACCUAUUACUGUUUGUAUGUGUCAUCUAGACGACGGUGAAGGAGUAGGCGGUGAAGGGCACCUAUGUCCGCAAUGUCGCAGCAAGUAUUGUUCGCUGCCAGCCCAGUGCCGGACCUGUGGACUUACCUUAGCGUCGGCGCCUCAUCUAGCCAGAUCAUAUCACCAUUUAUUCCCUGUGGAGCCGUACGAAGAAGUAGCAUAUGAGGGACAAGCGCAAUACUGCUUUGCCUGCCUUAGGAACUUUACAGAUCUCGAUAAACAGGUGUACAGAUGUGGGCGGUGUCACGAGUUCUACUGCUGGGAGUGUGAGAGUGUGGUCUCCACGACGAUACACGUAUGUCCUGGCUGCGCGUCACGACCCCAUCUCUACCAACGACUGCCUGACACUUCAUGACCGCACCCUACAAGUAUCUAAAAUAAUUAGGUUUUGCUCACAUAGUUUUUUAUCGAGGUAACCCGACUGGUUUCAAGCCACGCUGGGGACGCAUAGCCGUGAGCAGCAUUGGAUAAACGACAGGGUGAGCGUCACGUGGCCAACUCAAAGCAUAAUUAAUUAAAUAAUAUGUCUCACAAGACUUACAAAACAUAUAAAAAAAAUAGUUAAUAUAACCAUUGGUCUCUGGUUGUAAAGUUUCCAAUAUGUAACGGCUUCUAAGUGAUGAAUUAAAAAUAAUAUUCAGA